CUCUCUCUCCGUAAGACACUAGCGGUGACUCUUCUGUCUGAACGUGGCUCUCUUUUCUCUCUCUCUCUUUUACUCGCUCGCUCGCCGAUCGGCUGGCUGUGUCUCCUGCAGCUUCAACCCCCCCUCCCUUACACGCACACACCGCUCUCACACAAACUCCGCUAACGAAAUAGUUAGCAGCACCUCCUGACUUCAUUCCACGUUGAACUUUUACAUUAGAGUUCUGUUUUUGUUUUUCAAUUUUGUCCGGGACGUUGACUUUUUCUUCUUCUUGUGGUGUAUCCCCCUUCAAUUUUUGCGGAUUACAAUAUUAUUUUAAACACACCCAGGAUCCAUCAUGACGAGCAAUGUGUAAAGAAAGUCCCCGUGUGUUUUCUCUGGCUGAAGUUGAGCCGUCUUCGCUUUUGCUUUGGAUGCACACCGCCGAAGCCUUUCGAGCACAGGCGCUCUGACAGACCGACAAGAGCCGUCCUCCGCGCCAGAUGAAAUAUUGAAACUCCAUUGAUGAGCCGAAGUAAAUAGUGAGAAACAUCCUGUUUCUAGACCUCAUAAUUUGUGGUGAGGCUAAAAUGAGUAUAACCAGUGACGAAGUCAAUUUCUUGGUUUAUCGCUAUCUACAGGAAUCUGGAUUUUCUCAUUCAGCAUUUACAUUUGGUAUUGAAAGCCAUAUCAGUCAGUCCAACAUCAAUGGAACACUAGUGCCCCCUGCUGCUCUCAUUUCCAUUCUACAAAAAGGAUUACAGUAUGUGGAAGCUGAAAUUAGUAUCAAUGAGGAUGGCACAGUGUUCGAUGGAAGGCCUAUUGAAUCCUUGUCUUUAAUAGAUGCCGUGAUGCCCGAUGUUGUUCAGACACGACAGCAGGCAUUUAGAGAAAAACUUGCACAGCAACAGGCAGCAGUAACUGCAAGUACCACUGUAGCGACCAACCAGCAAAAUGCACCAAAGAAUGGAGAAGCUACUGUAAAUGGAGAUGAAAAUGGGGCACAUGCAAUAAAUAAUCAUUCAGAGGCAAUGGAGAUAGAAGGAGAUGUUGAAAUUCCAGCAAGCAAAGCUACAGUUCUCAGGGGUCAUGAGUCAGAAGUGUUCAUUUGUGCGUGGAACCCUGUCAGUGACCUCUUAGCAUCAGGGUCAGGAGACUCUACAGCAAGAAUAUGGAACCUGAAUGAAAAUGGGAAUAGUGGCUCUACUCAGCUGGUCCUAAGGCAUUGUAUACGUGAAGGUGGACAAGAUGUUCCAAGCAAUAAGGAUGUCACCUCCUUGGACUGGAAUAGUGAUGGAACACUUUUGGCUACAGGUUCAUAUGAUGGAUUUGCAAGAAUAUGGACAAAAGAUGGAAACCUAGCAAGUACCUUGGGACAGCAUAAAGGUCCUAUAUUUGCUUUAAAAUGGAAUAAAAAGGGAAACUGCAUUCUCAGCGCUGGUGUAGAUAAGACAACAAUCAUCUGGGAUGCGCACACAGGGGAGGCCAAACAGCAGUUUCCAUUCCACUCAGCUCCUGCUCUUGAUGUGGAUUGGCAGAACAACACUACGUUUGCUUCAUGUAGUACUGACAUGUGCAUUCAUGUAUGUCGACUGGGAUGUGACCGUCCAGUAAAAACAUUUCAAGGGCAUACGAAUGAAGUAAACGCAAUCAAAUGGGAUCCAUCUGGUGUCCUGCUGGCAUCAUGCUCUGAUGACAUGACACUGAAAAUAUGGAGUAUGAAGCAAGAUACGUGUGUACAUGAUCUACAGGCCCAUAAUAAAGAAAUUUAUACAAUUAAAUGGAGUCCAACAGGCACUGGGACCAGCAAUCCAAGCUCCAACAUCAUGCUAGCCAGUGCCUCAUUUGACUCUACUGUUCGUCUCUGGGAUGUAGAAAGAGGAGUUUGCAUCCACACUUUAACCAAACACCAAGAACCUGUCUACAGCGUUGCCUUUAGUCCAGAUGGCAAGUACUUGGCCAGUGGCUCAUUUGAUAAGUGUGUUCAUAUAUGGAAUACAAUGAGUGGCUCUCUAGUGCACAGCUAUAGGGGGACUGGUGGAAUCUUUGAAGUUUGUUGGAACAGCACGGGAGACAAGGUUGGAGCAAGUGCAUCAGAUGGAUCGGUUUGUGUCCUUGAUCUUCGGAAGUAACAUGACACACACACUUGUUUACUGUGUGGACUGGUGAUGAAUGUGACAGAGGAAGCACUCGCAGCUGCGGCUUUGGAACGGUUACAGUGAACCCUAAUUUCUGCACCAAGUGAUUCAUCCUAAUCUUUGGAUCUCGCUGCUCAACAUUGGAACUAACCGAGUAGAUAAGUUGAAGGGUUCUAGGUGGCACAGAAACACAAGCUGUGUCAAUUCAAAUUGAUCGCACCUGCAAAUUGGGAACUGGAAAGGUUGUGCCAAAAAAAAUGCAGAUGUACCAAAACAAGGCAGGAGUUUAAUUUUUAUUUAAUCAUUGAUUUGAAAGCUUCAUUUGUCCUCCCAAAGGAUUGCAACAAGAAGACAGAGCAAAUGUCACGUUUCCUUAUUUCCAUUACUGAUCUGCAUGCAGUUCCUGUAUGCAAAUUGCAGUUUACAUCCUGGACCAGUGUGGUCAUUUUGCUUUACUUCUUUGUUUGAAGAAGUUGCCAUGACCGAAAUAACCAUUAAAAAAAAAAAACUUUUCACGGGUUGCUGACUUCUUAAGGCCAUGGAUCUGGAUAUUUCAAUAUUAUAGAGAAGAUUUGCCCGGCACAGAAAAAUAUGGAGCUUUAUACAGGGAGCCUUGUAAUUCAAAGAAAGAAUACAGUGUAUUUUUGGGAAAUAAAGUAUAAUUUUUUAUGUGCACCUUGACUUUUGGACCUGAAUAGGCUAAAUGAACAGAUCAGUUUAUUUUAGUGAAAGUAGUGCAGAGUGGCAAUUCUGCUGAUCAUGUGUUUUUUUUGUGUUUUUUUUUCUCUUGUGUUCUCCAUUAAUGGAUCAGUUCCACUUUUAAACUAAAUGCCUGUACUGUUAUAGAUGUGAAAUGAAAUCUACCAAACACAGGCAUGUGUUUAUUUUUCGGGAGGUGUAGUUAGGCUCUUAUGGUAGAUCCAUUUUAACGGUUGGACGCAUUUUUCAAUUUAUCAGUGUACAAAACAGCCAAAUGGGCAUACACAUACAAGGUACACUUCUGUUGUUCAUGGAUGAUUAACUGAAAUCAAAGUAAGCUGACAGUAGUUUCUAAUAUUUUUUGACAUAACAAUGAAGAAACAGUUUUUCUGCAGAAAUGGAUAUUCUGAAUGUACAGAAUAUGGAGGGAGUCAUCAACCAAAAUGAUAGCUCUCUAAGGCAGAUUUAUUUAAUAAUGCUUCAGAAUUUAAAAUACAAUUAAUGGGUGACUCUUUAUAAAAUGUUCAUUUCAGUUUCAAAGCAAAAAGAAUAGGCACUUAUUUAGCCUUUAUCAAGUUAACACAAUAUUUUUGAUGGACUUGUGUUUUAUUACAAGCAUAGGAAACCAGUAAUCAUUACUCUGGCAUGUAAGAAAGCAAAAGAAAUUAUAUUAAAGUUUGGAUAACAAAUUUAUUUUUUAAAAGAUUCUGAACCCCUUUCUGGAUGUAAAUUUCAUGAAUGUAAAGUUUGUAAAAUAAAAACAAAAUAUAUGAA